AUCUCUCUUUUUAUUGUCAUUAUAGAAAACCUAGAAUAAACUCUCAGUUGGUGGCACAACAAGUUGCCCAACAAUAUGCAACCCCACCACCGCCUAAGAAGGAGAAGAAGGAGAAAGUGGAAAAACAAGACAAAGAAAAACCUGACAAAGAGAAGGAAAUUAGUCCAAGUGUUACAAAGAAGAACGCUAACAAGAAGACUAAACCAAAGUCAGACAUUGUGAAAGAUCCUCCUAGCGAAGCAAACAGCAUACAGUCUGGGAAUACUACAACAAAGACCAGCGACUCAAAUCACACUUCAAGACCCAGACUGAAAAAUGUGGACAGAAGUACCGCACAGCAGCUGGCAGUCACAGUGGGAAAUGUCACAGUAAUUAUCACAGACUUUAAAGAAAAGACUCGCUCUUCUUCCACGUCGUCUUCUACAGUGACCUCCAGUGCAGGAUCAGAACAACAGAAUCAGAGCAGCUCGGGCUCUGAGAGCACAGACAAGGGCUCGUCCCGUUCCUCCACGCCAAAGGGGGACAUGUCAGCAGUCAACGACGAAUCUUUCUGAAAAUUGCACAUGCAGUUGUGGAAACUAUGAAUCAGGGUAUGAAAUUCAAACACUCCACCUGCCCAUGUUGUUCACAUCCUGGAGAGCCUCUUCUGUGCUUGAACACACACACUUCUUGGACAUCGAUCUCUUACUGAUGCAACCAGGAUAACUUCUGCUUGCCGUGGGCAUCUGGCCACCAAGGAAUUUCUCACCCUGACGAUUACUCUUGACACUUUUAUGUAUUCCAUUGUUUUAUAUGAUUUUCCUAACAAUCAUUUAUAAUUGGAUGUGCUCCUGAAUCUACUUUUUUAUAAUAUCUGCUGUGCACAAUUUUCCAUGAACAUUACAACUUUUUGUUUUGGGGUAGGGAGCGGGUGGGGAGGGAAGGG